AAAUUAAAGUCCGCGUUACCCGGAAGUUGCGCUUGAAGUCACAUGACCGCACGGCGCAGAGCAGAGAGCUUGUUGUUCAACAAUGGAUGUGAAAUAAUUCAGAUCAAACAUCAUAAGACUAACUAGAUUUGUUCCAUUUACUGUGUCAACGAAGGGAAGAUUAUGGAGAAUGAUGAAUUUUCGCCAGAGAAUGGGUUGGAUAGGCGUUGGCCUCUACCUGCUUGCCAGCAUGUUGGCCGUCUACUAUGUGUUUGAGAUUAACCAUUUCUCCCUGGAGCACGUCGAGCGGCUAGAACAGAAGAGGAGUGUGGCCGCCUCCUCUUCCUCAGCACCCCUGUCUUCCUCCUGGAGCCGAAGUCUCAAGACCCAUCUCCUCCUUCUGCCCCUCUGGGUGUGGGCCACUAUCUUCCUCGUCCCCUACCUCCAAGUCUUCCUGUUCCUCUACUCCUGCACUAGGGCCGACCCCAAGACUAUUGGCUACUGCAUUCUGCCCAUCUGCCUGGCUGUGCUCUGUAACCGCCACCAGACUUUUGCCAAGGCAUCCAAUCAGAUCAGCCGUUUGCAGUUGAUUGACACCUGAGGUGGCCAAUUAGUGUGUGUGUUUGUGUGAGACUAGAAGCCUCUCCCUGGUCCAAAAUGUAAACUGACUAUUCCCAUUAAGCCACCUUGGCGAGUGGUAGAUACUUGUUUUUAUGUCAUUCGAUUCGUCGUAUGAUUUAUUACACCGUAUAAUUAUUGAAUGGAAAUAUGAUUAUGUUGUCCUGUUGGUAUGACAAAUAAAGCACAUGUUCUGUACUGUUGA